AUGAUCUACGGUACGAUCACAGAUGAACUUUACGAUGUCAUUUCCGCCCAAGAUUCCACUGCAUACCAUGCAUGGUUCCUCCUCAACGCCUUCUUCCGUGAUAACCUCGCGGGCCGAGCCAUCCACGUCGGCGCCGAGUUCCGCGCCACGGUCCAGGGCGACAUGAAGAUCGCCGAGUACUGCAGGCGCCUCAAGGCGCUCGCGGACUCCCUCGACGACCUCGAUGAGCACGUCACUGACAAAACCCUCACCCUCCAGCUCAUCCGUGGACUCACUCCCCAGUUCGGCGUGAUGGCAUCCCUGCUCCCGAUGCAGGUGCCCUUCCCCACCUUCGUUCAGGCCCGCUCCCGGCUGAUGCCGGAGGAAAUCAGCCUGGAUGUGCGUGCUCGUGCGGAGGGGGGCCACCGCUCUCCUCGCCACCCAUGGCGGCUCGUCUGGCUCCGGCAGCUCCAGUGGGGGUGGCGGCGGCUCUGCGUCAACUGGCGGCACCAUCCAGCGUCAGCCCGAUCGUUCCUCUGA